AUGCCUUGGAUUUCAGGUAGGCAUGCAACGACACUCGCUGUGUGAUGAGUUUCCUAGCUCACUCUGAGUCUUGAAGUUACCUUAUCUCUGAUCCUAGUCAAUGUGUCAAUACUUGGUCACCAUUUGUUGUAUGCACUUUAGGUAGAGCCGGCAUGCCUUAUGGUAGUCAUCACUUAUACGUGGGUUGGACUACGCCUCCUACUGACAAAGAAGCACGAUGUGGUAUUUUUUUUACCGACUCCGUGUGCACACUUUCGGUGCUUAAUUAUCAUCUUUAAUAUAAUCUUGUCGCCAGUUGCCUUGUCUUUAUAUAUGUUCGCUGCCCUAAUAGCGCAAAUUACUGUAUGUUGGUUGCCCCAUCGGAAGUUGUUUCUCCCUGCAGUAUCAUUAACAGGCUAAGUCUGCCGAGUGACCGGUGACGCGAAAUGGCCGUGUGAUAUUUAGUCAGCAAGGAACAUUGGACCCUCAGAAUGUGUCUGAUACCUCCGAAUGUCGGGUCAGUGAGUCAUGGCCUCAUGUUCAACCUGACAGGAGAGAUGAUUUGAGGUAGCGGUCUUGCAGGCGUGCUAUACGGGCUGUUGGAUUCCAAAUUCGUUUUCUGAAGGCAGGGUUCCCACACGUAGUUUCAGGCGGUCUUCAGAAUAAGUUUCUCCAUGGGUCGGCAGAAGGUUGGCCUGGGUGGGUGUCUUCCGCAGUAGGACGCGCACCGGCCUUCGCUAUGCGUUCUUGGUAAUGCCGUUGAACCUGCCAGGUUGCUGUGGAACAACUCAUUGCAGUCGAUCGCGCAGUGAAAUUUCGGGCGUAGGCGUCGUGUACAUUGGCCUGCCCAGGGCGCGUGACACCGAGCGUCCGGCUGGGCACUUUCGUGAGGAACCGCCUUGGCCCCAAUCAGGGAGGCUCCCUGUCACGGCGCUGCUCCGGAUGUUUUGUCGGUUCUUCUGCAAUCUGCGUUCUCUUUUGCCCUUGGUGUCUUAGGGUGUGUCGAUAUCAUGUAGGGCUACGGCGUUCAUGUGUUUAUCUUCGAGGUGAUAAGCUAAGGUGCAAGGACUACAUGGAAGUUGUGGCGAAGGUCUUCUCUCUUGCCCCCUUCAGACGAUUGCGGGCUGUGUCUGGGACGGGGCCCAUCGAAACUGGGUUCCAAGGUGUGUGUGGAUUCACCAAACAGAUAUUCACGCUGAGGCGAAUUCUGAAAUUCCGAUGGCUGUCUGUUUUGUUGACUCCACCACCACAGUCAACCUCGCCUCUGCGGUGAGUAAUGAAACAAGCUGGUGUGCCGGUCAAAGUCAUCUCUAUGAUCAGGACCUGUUAUCGCCCCACCGCUAUGCGCGUUUUGGUCCACAACAAACUCGCAAUCGUUCGGCGUCCGAUCUGCUGUCCGACGGGCUUGUAUCCUGUCGCCCACUCUGUUCAACUAAGUCACUGACUGCAAUCACGAAUGGGGGUCCUAUACGGUUUUAACGGUGUGCUUACACCGGGAUGCCGGUUGACUGAUCUCGACCACGCUGAUAAUAUUUUCUUGCUAACCUCAAGCUCUGGUGGUCUACUAUCUGAAGUGUCAGGAGUGAGUGGAGUCCAUUUCGUUCGGUUUAUCGGUUAACUCCGGGAAAGACGAAUUGUUUUCGAGCUGCAUCGCUGAACGGGGCAAGACAUUCCUUAGGAUUAAUGGCUGUCAACUCGAAGUAGACAGGUUCAGAUACCUCUGGACGAGGCUGCAGCCUAGUGAACAGAAUAGGGACAACACUGUCCCCCUAGUUGAUACAACUCGCAGGGUUUUCUCAAUCCUUAGUGCCUGUGGACCUGCUGCGACACCUGCAUCGCCAAGAUCGCCGUGCAUCAGUCCGGUCAGUCCUCUGCGAUUGUGGAUGCUGACCUUGCACGUUGA